UCAGGAAAGCAUUUUUCUGAACAAAGGAUUUCCAGAAAUGGUUUAGAAAUUUGAUUGUCAAUCAAACAUUCUACUGCACAUAUAUAAAAAUCUGGCUGCUAGAAUUGCAUUUAUUGAUUGCAAUGAUAAUAUUAUCCGAAAGAAUUUUUGUUAAAUGUCGGAUUUUUUGAAUUAUAUUACUCUCAGAAUAUAAUUUUUCUUAAUUAGUUUGUUUAAUAAUGGAAUGUAGUAGUCCUCAAACAUUGUCUUGUUAGUGAUAUUUGGCUCUGAUCCUUCUUGUGCAAGUUACCUAAAAAAUAUGAUUGAAGUGCUCUUCAAGCGCACGACAUCUCUUUUCACAAGUAUUAAGGAAUUCAGUACAAGACCAGACAUAGCAGAUGAUUGUUUUCUACUGGCAUCAAGAUGCAUUCGUUAUUGUCCUCAACUAUUUAUUCCUUCUGCGGUAUUUCCAGCUUUAAUAGAUUGUGCGAUGAUCGGGAUCACAGUACAGCACAGGGAGGCCUCUAAUUCCGUUUUGACCUGCUUGUCUGAUAUCUUUGAUCUAGCAAACUCUAACAAGGGAGAACAAUAUUUAUCUAUCAGGGAUAGUCUCAUUAUUCCACGAGGUGCUACCAUUACUAGAAUUUUGGUGGCUGCCCUAACGGGAGCACUGCCAAAUUCUCGAUUAGAAACGGUAGAUAUGCACUUCUAGCAUUAACUCGGGCUUACGGUAUGCAAGCACUGGAAUGGGCUAGGGAAAGCCUGUCAUUGAUCCCAUUGACUGCCGUCAAGGAAGUGGAGCGCUCGGGAUUUUUGCAAGCAUUGUCGGAAGCAGCCUCCGGGGCUGAUGUGAAUACUGUGAUACUCUCAGUUGAAGAGUUAUCCGACGUUUGUCGUCGUAAUCGAACAGUUCAAGAGAUUGUUCAGGGAGCAUUGAAGCCACUCGAGUUGAAUAUGGUACCUGUAUUAUAGUUUGAAUAUGGGAGGGGCUGCUUUGCCGAGGCCUCAUCUUUGUUUAUCAGGCAAAACCAAAUUCGACUUGAAACCGUAUUCUUCUGUUUUAUUUGUUCUUCAUUUUCGUAUCGCUUUUCAUUUUGCCAAAUAUCCACCUGUUUUUGAGGUGCAAAAUGGUCAUUUCCUUUUACACCAUGGAGGGAAUGGAUUAUUUGUUG